GGCGGCGGCGCUCCCGGAGGGAGAGCGACGAGGCGGGGUGCCUCAGGGCGCCGCCCCGGUGUGCCCGUUGCGCGGAGGAGGAGGCGGCGGCCGCGCUCGGAGGAGCGGGCUAGCGCGUCAUUACCCACAUAAUGGAUUUUAUCAAUUGGAUUUCUUUAUUCUGGGUAUCAUGGUAACAAUAUAGAAAGAAUCCUUAAUUUCUCAUUUCUGAAAGUUGUCAUGAUUACUGAAGAAAGAAACUUUUGUAAGCUACACAGCAUUUAUUGUGAUACUUUUUUUUUGAAUUGUGUUUUCAUUUUUAACUUGAUAACUUUUUGCUAAAGGUAUGCAAAAACGAAGAGUUUACCUUGUUAGACAAAUCCAGCUUCAGAAGAAUGUCUCGAAGAGGAUCAAUUCUUCAUACCCGGACCCACUGGCUUCUGUUGGGCCUUGCUUUGCUCUGCAGUUUGGUAUUUAUGUACCUCCUCCAGUGUGCACCCCAGACUGAUGGAAAUGCUCCUCUUCCGGGUUUUGUUGGGGACAAUUAUGGUAAAGAGUAUUAUCAAGCUCUUCUACAGGAGCAAGAGGAACAUUACCAGACCAGGGCCACCAGCCUGAAACGCCAGAUUGCCCAGCUAAAACAAGAAUUACAAGAAAUGAAUGAGAAAAUGAGAUCAUUGCAAGAGAAAAAGAAUUCAGGAGCUAAUGGUGUAGGCUAUCAAGCCAGCAAAGACCAAGCACCUGGUGAUCUUUUAGAGUUUCUUCAUUCCCAGAUUGACAAAGCUGAAGUUAGCAUAGGAGCCAAACUACCCAGUGAGUAUGGAGUCAUACCCUUUGAAAGUUUUACCUUAAUGAAAGUAUUUCAGUUAGAAAUGGGGCUCACUCGCCAUCCUGAAGAAAAGCCAGUUAGAAAAGACAAACGAGAUGAAUUGGUAGAAGUUAUUGAAGCUGGCUUGGAGGUCAUUAAUAAUCCUGAUGAAGAUGAUGAACAGGAAGAUGAGGAAGGCCCCCUUGGAGAGAAACUGAUGUUCAAUGAAAAUGACUUCAUAGAAGGUUAUUAUCGCACAGAAAAAGAUAAGGGCACACAAUAUGAGCUUUUUUUUAAGAAAGCAGACCUUAUGGAAUAUAGACAUGUGACCCUCUUCCGCCCUUUUGGACCUCUUAUGAAAGUGAAGAGUGAAAUGAUUGACAUUGCUAGAUCAAUCAUUAACAUCAUUGUACCUCUUGCUGGAAGAACUGAAGCAUUUGCACAGUUUAUGCAGAAUUUCAGGGAUGUUUGUAUUCAUCAGGACAAGAGGAUUCAUCUCACAGUGGUGUAUUUUGGUAAAGAAGGACUGUCCCAAGUCAAGUCUAUCCUAGAAUCUGUCACAAGUGAGUCUAAUUUUCACAAUUACACCUUGGUCUCACUGAAUGAAGAAUUUAAUCGUGGACGAGGACUAAAUGUGGGUGCCCGAGCUUGGGACAAGGGAGAGGUCUUGAUGUUUUUCUGUGAUGUUGAUAUAUAUUUCUCAGCCGAAUUCCUUAACAGCUGCCGCUUAAAUUCUGAGCCAGGUAAAAAGGUGUUCUACCCUGUGGUGUUCAGUCUUUACAAUCCUGCUAUUGUUUAUGCCAACCAGGACUCACCACCUCCCGUGGAACAGCAACUGGUUCACAAAAAGGAUUCUGGUUUUUGGCGAGAUUUUGGCUUUGGAAUGACUUGUCAGUAUCGAUCGGAUUUCCUGGCCAUUGGUGGAUUUGACAUGGAAGUUAAAGGCUGGGGUGGGGAAGAUGUUCAUCUGUAUCGAAAAUACUUACAUGGCGACCUCAUCGUGCUGCGAACCCCAGUGCCUGGCCUCUUCCACCUGUGGCAUGAGAAGCACUGUGCGGAUGAGCUGACCCCUGAGCAAUACCGAAUGUGCAUCCAGUCCAAGGCCAUGAAUGAGGCCUCCCACUCUCUCCUGGGGAUGAUGGUGUUUAGGGAGGAGAUCGAGCGACACCUUCACAAACAGGCCUACAGGACCAACAGUGAGGCCCUUGUGUGAUGUUACUGUGACCCCUAGCCAGCACUAUUUAUUUAGCCUUAAUUCCCAUUACAGAUGCUGUGCCUGUUUCUUAGAGGAUAUGGUUAUUUUUCCAUGUUCUUCCUUAGAUGACUUUAGCAGAUCAACUUGCUAGAAGAAGAAAGCAAGUGUUCCAGUGAGUAGCCUCAAUCUUAGGAGAUCACUUCACUACAGAACAGUUGACAAAAUGAAGUAUACCAUUUGUCCCCAAAGUAAUUCUGAGUGUGUUAGUGCUGGGUGCCUGUGUUCUGAUUGUGUCUGGGUGGAGGGAUGGGGCGUGCGGGCUGAGGCUGGCUUUCAGCCAGUUCUGCAGUGGGGACAGAAAUCAGACCUGAUGCAUGCACAGGGGCCCGUUUCUAGAUGAGAAUUUUGGUCAAUAGUGUGAAGAAUCCUUUUUCACUGAGGCAGAGAAUUACAUGACACAUCCAAAAUCUCCAACCAAACAACAAUCCAGAAAUAAAACCCCCUUAACUUCC